UUACUCCCCCGGAUUCAACUCUUCGGACAUCCGAUCGAUAAUGAACUCAUUUGCACAACUCUUCCGAACGAGCUUCAAUACAAUAAAAGUUUAAAAGUACAAAAAUAUUUAGCAUCGUCUCAGGACAAGCUUAACAAGCUAGACGAUCAAUUGAACGUUGUUAAACUCCAACAACCAUCAACCAUCAAAAACAACCAAAAAUGACAACUCCACAACGAGAAACCCUCCCAAAUGGCCUACCAAAUAUCCAACGUCUAAUCACAACCACAAACCCAAAUGGCAAAGCCAUCCUUGAACCCAGCAUCUCCCCAACCCCCAUCUGGCAACCCAUCCAAAACAACGACAUGUCCUUCUUCCUCGCCUACACAACCCACCAAUUCCCCAUCUCCCUCUCACACGCCACAUCAUCAUCCCAAAACUCCACCUCCCCAACCCCUACCGACAUAGCCUCUUACACAAACGAUCUCUCUAACCCACCUGGUCUCUCCAUCUCCACGGGGACAGUUGUGCGUUUUGUAGAUUUUAAACCUGAUGUUUCGUGUCCGAUGCAUAAGACGGUGAGUUUGGAUUAUGGUGUUGUGGUGGAGGGGGUGGUUGAGUUGGUUUUGGAUUCUGGGGAGACGAGAGUUAUGCACAGGGGUGAUGUUUGUGUGCAGAGGGCUACGAGUCAUUUGUGGAGGAAUGUUACGGAGGGGCUGGGCGAGGAUGAUGUUUGUUUUGACGGCGGUGGAGAGGGGGUGGGGUUUGAGGAGGUGGGAGUGGAGGGAUGGAUGGGGUGAGGAGGAGUGAGUAGGUUUUGGUGUUUGGGGUUGGGUUGGAGGAUAGGGGAGAGUCCGAGUUAGGAAGAUCUGUUAUAUUUCAUCGGUAGUUGGCGACGCAAUUUACCCAUAAGCACAGACUAGACUUGCUGUCUAACUUACAAUAGACGAAAGAUAAUCUUACAAUUGCACA